CCCUUCCCCCUCCCCGUCUCCGCCCCGGACGCGGCGUGCCCGUCCGUCGGCCUCCGACUCCCUCCCCACCGCCCCCGAUCCGGAGCCGAGUCGGCCUUGCUCAGGCGGUAGAGAGAGCCCGAGCCGCGGCGGGAGGGAGGGUGGGCUCCUCUUAGCUUCCCACCCGCCGGAGGCCAGCCGCCCCAUGGGCCGGUCGCCCGCGCGCGCUACGUACCAGCUCAUCGACCGCCGGAAAGAGUGAUGAAUUUGGAGAGUGCAAACUUGCACCAUGAUGGGAAGCAGCUUCUUUUAUGAAGAAAGUAGUACCGUGCUGGUAAAGGAGGCAUGCAUAUGAGCGACGGGGCACAGCUGCUUUUGUUGCAGCAGGGGACACGCCAUCGGCAAAGAAAGCUACAAUUCUUUUGGUCUUUUGGGAUUGUCAGAAUUAUUGCCAUUAUAAGCUAAGCUGUUGCUGGUGGUGGUAUAACUGCCAGGCACUGUGACUGGGAUAAUAAGGAAAGUUCCUUUUCAAGCAAUAGUGUGGGGGCGUUGCUAUUCUAACAAAACCUUGACCACUUUGCCUGGCCUUAUUUGAUUGGGCUUUGCAUUUAAGGAAUCAGGAAGUCAAUUGAUAACCUCUUUAUAUUAUCCUAAUAUAAAUAGCUAGUAAAAUAUGAUCGCAAAAGAAUCUAGUAAUAAGAGCUAUGAGGUGCUUUGCAAUUACUACUCCGUACUCCUGAAUAACUGGCUGCAGUAAGGGCCUACAAAUAGGAUUUUAAUUUUGUGGAGUAGCAUAAAAUGAUCCUACUGAUGAAAUUUCUAUUUUCAUUACAAUAUACAAUCAUAUAAAAGUGUUGUUUUUAGUAUUUUGUUUAAGAAUUGGCAGCCAAACCAUACCUUUGCAUAACUCUCUUUUGUUUCAUGUCUUUGCAGGGCUUGGGUAACUCUUUGUUGAAAGAACCUCUCUUGUACAUGUAACAUUGCAUGCAAUUUCUGUUAAAGAUGAGUUCUCUGAAUAAAGUUGUUUCAAAUAGUGGGGAUACAUGUUCAGUGUUACCUAGUAAAGCCACAUCAUUAAAUCCCAAUGCCGCAGAAUUCGUACCUUCGUUUAUUAAACCAUCUGUUGGAAGUAGCACAGUUCCAGAGGUAGCUAAGUCAGAUUUUAGGGUGUCUUCUGGAAAAACAAUCCUAGAUAGGUCCGAGUCUUCAAAGUCUAAUAACUCGGAUGAUGAGGCGCACCAGUUUUGGCGCAAGCAGCUUCCAGAUGACAUUAUUCCAGACUUCUCUUCGUUUGAGAAAAUUGAACAAGGGCCUGAAGAAUUGUCCCUUGCUGGAUUAUCCUUGAAUGCGCCGCCCUUUUAUGGGACAACUUCCAGCCGUUUCUCAAGAGAACAUCAAGAGUUAUCUUCUCCAGCUACCAAGGGCCUGGAACUGGAACAUACUAAUCUACUGUACGAAGAUAACUAUUUGGGUUCAAGCAACUGGGAACAAAAUUAUAUUUGUGAUCUUCAUAUUGCGAAUGGGAACCAAGACCUUCGCUAUGAGUCUGAAAGCGCUGCAGUCUUUUCUGACAGUUUUGCUAGCGAGUAUGCUGCCACAUCUGAUGGUGUUGUUGACCCCCUUGAGUACUUAUCAUCUCAGUUCCCUGGAUUUUCAGCAGAGAGCCUUGCAGAGCUAUACUAUGCAAAUGGAUGUGACUUCAACCAUACCAUUGAAAUUCUCACCCAGCUAGAGAUGCAAGUUGAUUCUACACCCAAUCAUGCAAUGAAUUUGACCCCCAGUCCCAGAGCACCAAACUUUAGCAUGGGGGAUUUUCCUGCUCUGCCAACAGCUGAAGACCAGAAUGGUUUCAGUAAGGGGAAUGUGGAUGUCCUUGGCAUCUUCAAUGGGCGUGGUUCAUCCACCAUAUCAGGUGGAGCUGGUGAUUUUGUUUCAGCUGUUCGCAAACUUGCAUCCCAAAAUUCAGGCCACUGGAAGUUUAAGAAAGGUCCUGAAUAUGGAAAUGGUGUUUCGUCUCAUUCUGUACCAAAACAGUACAGUACUAGCACCAAACAAUCAUCUGGGAACAAAUUUCAAAGUGUCAGCAGUGCAAGAGUUGCUCCAUGGCUCGAGACUGGUGAUGCAGUGGCAAAUAUGUACUCUGAAUCAAGGGGGGAAGCUUGUGAUUUUGCUCGGGUCAGAAAUGCUUGCUUUGAGCAGGCUAGACAGGCUUACUUGGUUGGCAACAAAGCUCUGGCCAAGGAACUGAGCAUGAAGGGUCAAGCGUACAAUGCACAAAUGAAAGCAGCUCAUGAGAAAGCCAGAGAAGCUAUUUAUCGACAAAGGAAUCCUGUUUCGCAACGGGGAGGUGAUGGUCUGAUUGAUUUACAUGGACUGCAUGUGAGUGAAGCAAUCCACAUCCUAAAGGUUGAGCUUGCUGCCAUGAAGAGCGCAGCAAGGGCUGCGGGGGAGAGGGUGCAGGUCAUGGUAUGUGUCGGGACAGGCCACCACACCAAGGGCUCGCGCACCGCAAGGUUGCCCAUCGCCGUGGAACAGUUCCUCCUGGACGAAGGCCUCCACUACACGCAGCCUCAACCGGGUCUUCUCCGCGUCAUGGUGUACUAACAUCUCUUAUUAGGUAAGACACCACGGAGGAAAAAAAAGGACAGCCCAAAAAAACGUGAAAAGAGAUGUACGAAAAACACAAAAAAAGCGUCGUUGGACACGCGCUGUAAUUUCCUUGUAGCUGUAUAUUAAAAGAGGCAGCAGGAGAAUAGCCUGACAACAGAAUACAGUGUAAAAUUAUACAUAGCUUCAUUCAAUUCACAUUCCAUUCCCAUC